AUGGGGACAGCGGCUGCAGGCGGCGGCUGCGGAGCGCGCCGUUGGCUCCCGUGGCUAGGACUCUGCUUCUGGGCGGCGGGGGCCGCGGCUGCCCGAGGAGCCGACAACAGUGAAGUUCUUCCCGACUCCAUCCCAUCUGCCCCAGGAACACUGCCGCAUUUCGUAGAGGAGCCUGAAGAUGCCUACAUCAUCAAGAGCAACCCUAUUGCGCUCCGAUGCAAAGCCAGGCCAGCCAUGCAGAUAUUCUUCAAGUGCAAUGGCGAGUGGGUCCAUCAGAAUGAGCACGUGUCAGAGGAAAGUCUGGAUGAGAGCUCAGGCUUGAAGGUCCGGGAAGUGUUCAUCAAUGUCACCAGGCAGCAGGUGGAGGAUUUCCACGGGCCAGAGGACUAUUGGUGCCAGUGUGUGGCAUGGAGCCACCUGGGAACAUCCAAGAGUAGGAAAGCUUCUGUACGCAUAGCCUAUCUGCGGAAAAACUUUGAACAGGAUCCACAAGGCAGGGAGGUGCCUAUUGAAGGCAUGAUCGUGUUGCAUUGCCGCCCGCCAGAGGGAGUCCCUGCAGCAGAGGUGGAAUGGCUGAAAAAUGAGGAGCCCAUUGACUCCGAACAGGAUGAGAACAUUGACACCAGGGCUGACCAUAACCUGAUCAUCAGGCAGGCCCGGCUCUCAGAUUCAGGGAAUUACACCUGUAUGGCAGCCAACAUCGUGGCCAAGAGGAGGAGCCUGUCAGCAACUGUGGUGGUUUACGUGAAUGGAGGCUGGUCUUCCUGGACAGAGUGGUCAGCCUGCAAUGUUCGCUGUGGUAGAGGAUGGCAGAAACGUUCCCGGACCUGCACCAACCCCGCUCCUCUCAAUGGUGGGGCCUUUUGUGAGGGAAUGUCAGUGCAGAAAAUAACGUGCACUGCUCUUUGUCCUGUGGAUGGCAGCUGGGAAGUGUGGAGCGAAUGGUCGGUCUGCAGCCCAGAGUGCGAGCAUCUCCGUAUCCGUGAGUGCACAGCUCCACCCCCAAGAAAUGGGGGCAAGUUCUGUGAAGGUCUCAGCCAGGAAUCUGAAAACUGCACAGAUGGCCUCUGCAUUCUAGAUAAAAAACCUCUUCAUGAAAUAAAACCCCAAAGAUGGAGUAGGCGAGGCAUAGAAAAUGCCAGCGACAUUGCCUUGUACUCAGGCUUGGGUGCAGCUGUCGUGGCCGUGGCAGUCCUGGUCAUUGGUGUCACCCUCUACAGACGGAGUCACAGUGACUACGGCGUGGAUGUCAUUGACUCUUCUGCAUUGACAGGUGGCUUCCAGACCUUCAACUUCAAAACAGUUCGUCAAGGAAACUCGCUACUCCUGAAUCCGGCUAUGCAGCCGGACCUGACGGUGAGCCGGACAUACAGUGGGCCCAUCUGUCUGCAGGAUCCGCUCGACAAGGAGCUCAUGACGGAGUCCUCGCUCUUCAACCCUCUCUCUGACAUCAAGGUUAAAGUCCAGAGCUCAUUCAUGGUUUCCCUAGGAGUGUCGGAGAGGGCCGAGUACCACGGCAAGAGUCACUCUGGGACUUUUCCCCAUGGAAACAACCGCGGCUUUAGUACAAUACAUUCCAGAAACAAAACACCGUACAUCCAAAAUCUGUCGUCACUGCCCACAAGGACAGAGCUGAGAACAACUGGUGUCUUUGGCCAUUUAGGGGGGCGCUUAGUGAUGCCAAAUACAGGGGUGAGUCUUCUCAUACCUCAUGGCGCCAUCCCAGAGGAAAAUUCUUGGGAGAUUUAUAUGUCAAUCAACCAAGGUGAACCAAGCCUGCAGUCAGAUGGAUCUGAGGUACUCCUGAGUCCUGAAGUCACCUGUGGCCCUCCGGAUAUGCUCGUCACAACUCCCUUCGCGCUGACCAUCCCGCACUGUGCAGACGUUAGUGCAGAGCACUGGAACAUCCACUUGAAGAAGAGGACCCAGCAGGGGAAGUGGGAGGAAGUGAUGUCAGUGGAGGAUGAAUCGACAUCCUGCUACUGCCUUUUGGAUCCUUUUGCCUGCCAUGUGCUACUUGAUAGCUUUGGAACAUAUGCCCUCACAGGAGAGCCAAUCACAGACUGUGCCGUAAAGCAGCUCAAGGUGGCCGUGUUUGGCUGCAUGUCCUGUAACUCCUUGGAUUACAACCUGAGAGUUUACUGCGUAGACAAUACUCCUUGUGCAUUUCAGGAAGUGGUUUCUGAUGAAAGGCACCAAGGCGGCCAGCUCCUGGAAGAACCCAAGCUGUUGCAUUUUAAAGGGAAUACCUUCAGUCUGCAGAUAUCCGUCCUUGACAUCCCUCCUUUCCUCUGGAGGAUCAAGCCGUUCACUGCAUGCCAGGAGGUCCCCUUCUCCCGAGUGUGGAGCAGCAACCGGCAGCCCUUGCACUGUGCCUUCUCCCUGGAGCGCUACACGCCCACCACCACCCAGCUGUCCUGCAAAAUCUGCAUCCGGCAGCUCAAAGGCCAUGAACAGAUCCUCCAAGUGCAGACAUCCAUUCUAGAGAGUGAACGAGAAACCAUCACUUUCUUCGCCCAAGAGGACAGCACUUUCCCUGCACAAACUGGCCCGAAAGCCUUCAAAAUUCCCUAUUCCAUCCGACAGAGGAUCUGUGCUACGUUUGAUACCCCCAACGCCAAAGGCAAGGACUGGCAGAUGUUAGCACAGAAAAACAGCAUCAAUAGGAAUUUGUCGUAUUUUGCUACACAAAGUAGCCCCUCUGCUGUCAUUUUGAACCUCUGGGAAGCUCGUCACCAGCAGGAUGGGGAUCUUGACUCACUCGCCUGUGCCCUUGAAGAGAUUGGGAGGACACACACGAAACUGUCAAACAUCACAGAGUCCCAGCUCGAGGAAGCUGACUUCAACUACAGCAGGCAAAAUGGACUCUAA